AUGUGCGCAACAGAUAACGCCCCCGCCGCUAACGCUGCUCCUGAGAAGCCCUCCAACGUUGGAGUCGAGGUCGGUCACACCGGCGAGCAGACUAAUCCUUACGGAGCCAACCCCGCCGAUUUCCUUUCUAACGUGUCCAAGUUCCAGCUCAUCGAGUCCACUCUGCGAGAGGGAGAGCAGUUUGCCUCUGCCUUCUUUGACACCGAGACCAAGAUCGAGAUUGCCAAGGCUCUGGACGACUUUGGUGUCGACUACAUCGAGCUGACCUCCCCCGCAGCAUCGGAGCAGUCGCGGUCCGAUUGCGAGGCCAUCUGCAAGCUCGGUCUUAAGGCCAAGAUUCUCACUCACAUCCGAUGCCACAUGGACGACGCAAGACUCGCUGUCUCCACCGGUGUCGAUGGUGUCGAUGUCGUCAUUGGUACCUCCCAGUUCCUGCGACAGUACUCCCACGGCAAGGACAUGAACUACAUUGCACAGUCCGCUGUCGAGGUCAUUGAGUUUGUCAAGAGCCACGGCAUUGAGAUCCGAUUCUCCUCCGAGGAUUCUUUCCGAUCCGACCUGGUCGAUCUCCUCAACAUCUACCGAACUGUCGACAAGAUUGGUGUCAACCGAGUCGGUAUUGCUGACACUGUUGGAUGCGCCAACCCCCGACAGGUCUACGAGCUUGUCCGAACCCUCAAGUCCGUUGUCUCGUGCGACAUUGAGUGCCAUUUCCACAACGACACCGGCUGUGCCAUUGCCAACGCCUACACCGCCCUCGAGGCUGGUGCCAACCUCAUCGAUGUCUCCGUUCUCGGUAUCGGUGAGCGAAACGGUAUCACCUCUCUCGGUGGUCUGAUGGCUCGAAUGAUUGCUGCUGACCGAGACUACGUUCUCUCCAAGUACAAGCUGCACAAGCUGCGAGACCUCGAGAACCUCGUCGCCGACGCCGUCCAGGUCAACAUCCCCUUCAACAACCCCAUCACCGGUUUCUGCGCCUUCACCCACAAGGCCGGUAUCCACGCCAAGGCCAUUCUCGCCAACCCCUCCACUUACGAGAUUCUCAACCCCGCCGAUUUCGGUCUGACCCGAUACAUCCACUUUGCCAACCGUCUUACCGGCUGGAACGCCAUCAAGUCGCGAGUUGACCAGCUCAACCUGCACCUGACCGACGCCCAGUGCAAGGAUGUCACUGCCAAGAUCAAGAAGCUUGGUGACGUUCGAUCUCUCAACAUUGACGAUGUUGACUCCAUCAUCCGAGAGUUCCACGCCGAUGUCACCAGCACUCCCACCGUUGCUGCCACCGAGGGACCUGCCGUUGAGGACGAGCCCGCCGCCAAGAAGGCCAAGACUGAAGAGUAA